AUGGAGACUAAAGAGAUCUACAACCAAAUUAAUAGACGAUACGGUUCAAUCGUCAAGAGUAGCACCGGACACUAUGAGCAGAAAGUAGCCAAGGCCUUUGGCUACACGGAAGAGGAGCUCUCUAUCCUUCCCGAAGGUGCGAAUCUGGGGUUAAGCUGCGGCAAUCCCAUUGCACUUGCGAGGCUGAAAGAGAACAUGAUCGACAAGGCAAAUGCAAACAAAGCUCACGCAAACGCUCCAAACGUCCAGUUCAUCGAGAGUGCCAUCACAUCCAUCGCGCUGGCUGACAACGUUGCUGACUGCAUUAUUAGCAACUGCGUCAUUAACCUGGUCCCUAAAGAGGAUAAACAGCUUGCGUUUAAUGAGAUGUUCCGAUUACUUAAGCCCGGGGGGAGACUUGCCAUCAGCGACAUACUCGCGCGCAAAGAGUUUACGGAGGAAAUCAAGAAUAACACUGCGCUUUAUGUCGGGUGCAUUGCCGGGGCUAGCCAGGUCAGCGAGUAUGACAAGUUUCUUAAAAACGCAGGCUUUGAUGAUGUUCUCAUUGUGGAUAGCAUGAAUGACUUGAAUGUGUACUGUUCUGCCGCUGAGGCCAAGUCAUCGUCGCAUCCUGGGACAGACGCCGUGCAAGAGGAACAGACGGCAUCCUCUUGCUGCAUUACAGAUUCGAAAGCCGCUUGUUGCAAGCGGGAAGACAAGGAGUCGUGCUGUCCAGACAACCCGUCCACGUGUUCCUGCCAGAAGCAGUCGAAAUCAAUGGCUACUCAAAUCAGGACAAUGACUAGUCAACUGGGCAUCGCGGACUUGAACGAAUGGGCAGGCUCCUUCCAGGUCUAUGCUAUCAAGCCUGAGGUGGAUUAA